GUUAAUUACGAAGCUGACAAGGCAAUUCUCAUUAAGACUUUUGAGAAGUGUCGAUUGCCUGAUGAAGCUUGGAGUCGGUUUGAUAACUACCAGUGGGAUCGCAUCCAACCAUUGUCGGUUUAUGCAGCUGCCCUGUCACGAUACUUGAACGAGUACAACGACUUGCUGAAGCCUGAUUGUCGACUUUCACUACCUGCCAGAGAGACUCUUUUGGUUGAGAAGUUAUCUAAGUUGGCUACAGGCGCGGCGAAGGCUGAGAUUCGUCGAGCCCGUCCUCGGAGUGCUGCCGAUGUUUGUGACCUUUUGGGUGCCUACGUUGACAACAGUGAUCAGACUGGUAUUAAUGCUGUCCGUUCUAUAGAACCUAAGUUAGAUGCCAGCAUUGAGAUGUUAUCCAAGCUACUUGGUGCCUUUGAGGGUGCCCAGUCGCGACAAGCGGAGCAGUUUGAUCGACUUUGCGCCGUUUUGG